CAAAGUAUGUGAAGAUAAGACAAAGGGCAUAAAACUGUCCUAAAGGUUUUUAUAAGAAGCACUGAUUAAAUCUCACAGCACUGAGAGAAACGCAGGCCAGUACAGACCAACAAGAUCAACACAUGAAAGCAACAGAUUUUUGACAAGAUGAGAAAAUUACUCUUCCUGGUUCUUGCCAUAACAGCUUCUGUAGCUUCUGCCAGUCCACCAGUUCAGGAUGAGAAACUUCCUGAUCAAGCGGUGAAGGUGCCAGCGGAUGAAAAAGAACCAACAGCAGAGCACACAGAAGCAGAGCAAGGUCCUCUGAUGCAGCAUGAAGCUGUUGCAGAUUCAAGUAUGUUGGAGCCUGAUUCAGUGCUGCUGGAGCCAGAGACAACAGAGGAACACAGAGUACCAGAAGAGACACAAGUGAUGUUGGAGGAGCCUAUUCUAGAGGCAGAUUACCUGUCUGAAGAGAUGCCAGAGACAGAACUAGAGACUGAGCCAGAAAUAAUUGCCAUUCAGAUUAACAGAAACAUCGUACCUGUGGAGGAAUCUGUACAACUGUUAGAGUAUGAAACUAAUAUAGAGGUGGAAGAUGAAAAAGAAGAAAAUGCAGCAAAGGAGGAGCCUACACUUGAGGCUGAGUAUAUAGUGGUUGAAGAUCCAGAAAUACAAAUGGAACCUGGGAGAGAAAGAGCCAAUAAUGCUGGCGGGAUGGAGAACUGUGUGGAGACAUGGAAUGAUCUGGCGUUCAGGGAUGUACCAUGCACAAUACCCAAACCAUUCAUCUGUUCCUGUCCAGUUUAGACAGCCAGAAGGUUAACCUAACCUGCUAUACAGUGACUUUUAUGAAAAAAUAAUAAAUAAUAAUCAUUAUUAUUAUUAUUGCUUUUAAAAUAAAAAUCUAUAAGGGUCAUUCAGUAAUCAACCCAUGUUUUUAUUAAAUUUGUCUUGCAUUGUUUAUAAAAAAAUAAUAAUAAUAAAAUUUUUAAUAAACCACAACUGAUUCAUUUAGUUUUAAGCAAUUU